GGAGCUUCAGCCCAAUUUGCGGUUAAUAAUCACCACCUGGAUUUGCAUACAAAAGGCUGAAGCAAUCUGCAUCUUAUCACCCAUGACCCACUACUCUCCCCAGUGAGCCACUGAUCUGUCUCAGAUUUUUGUUUUACGAGAAAGAGAUGCAUCACUUAUUACCAUAAUGCAGUCGCAGCUUCUGGCGGGGCCCAUUCCCACCGCAAUCGACGCCUCCGCUGCCAUUUCUUCCUCUUCCGCCGCCUCCUCCUCCUCCUUUGUCGCUCGCAUCAACCCCAUUGACAGUCCACCAUGGACAGGGACCCGCAAUCACAACCGUUUAUCUCGUAAUCUCACUAAGUGGAGCUCAAUGGUAGUUACUGCAUCAUCGUCGUCGUCAUCAUGGGCUGCCGCGAACGGCGAGCAAGACCACUACGCGGUGCUCGGUCUCACUCGGAACGCUACAUCAGCUGAUAUUAAACAAGCAUAUCGCCUCCUUGCUCGCAAGUAUCACCCAGAUGUCAGCAAGCAUUUACGAGCUGGCGAGCUAUUCAAGAGAGUUCAUGAUGCCUAUGAAAUACUGUCAAAUGAAGCUACAAGGACUGAAUACGAUGGAGUGCUUAGAUCUCGAGAAGAUAAUGGCAGGUCAUACAGAGGGACACGGUAUUACAGCCCUGAUUUCGAAGAUGGAGUGAGGAUCUACAAAUGGGCUGAAUUCAGGCGGAAAAUGCAGCGUGAAAGAUAUUGGGAACGCAAUAAUGUAAAUGAUGAGGAUUCUAGUUCCGAGAGUGAUACAGAAGAGUCGGCUGAAGAAGCGAUUCUGGAUCAAGAACGAGGUCCCUUUAUCGAAGUACUUAAAUCUGCCUUCAUAUCUCUGUUUUUACUGCAAAUAUUUGGUUCUGGAUUAUCUCUCGCGUUCAGCAGUAUGUUGGCUUUAAUUGAUCGGAAAUUGGAUGCUGGUUAUAAGAUGGGUUAUUUAAUUGCCUUAGUUCUGGGUGGGAGAGGUGGGAUAUUGCUAACUCUGUGUUUACAAUUUGCAAGCUGGGCUUGCGGAAAAGCCAGUAGCAGUAUAGUCGCUCUGGUAGUAGUAGCCAUGUGGUUUAGUUCAAACCUUGCGAGAUAUGCCCCAAUCCCGCAAGGUGCUCUUCUUACACUGCUGUAUAUGUCUAUAAAGCUACAAACUGACCUAAAGUGAAGAUGCAGAUCGGAAAUUAAACAGAUUAUUGGUUCUACCAAGGGAGUCAUUGGUACAACGAUUGGAUCAAAUGAGAAGCGAAGAUCUAUCAUUUCGUAACUGGAAACGUUGUUGGCAUUUGCCAUGUAAAUUAGCUAAUCUAUUUGUUUGACCAGAAACAUGUUGUACAUAAGCUGUUUAAGCUAAUUAUUUCAACUUGUGCAGUGUUGCUGCAAGCACAUUAGUCUAUAGAAUCAACUUAUUGUAUUCGAUA